AUGGAAAAGUUUCCGUCGAUUCGUUUCAUCACCGUGAGCCUCUGCACCCCGUUCGGCGUCCCGACAAUGCCGUGCCUGUUUCGAUCGGAGAGAGUGAGAAAAUUCCAGGUGCGAAUCGGAAGCGUGGAUUUCGACGAUUUCGAGGUCGAAUGGAGGAAUCGUCGCCGAGAGUCUAGAACACGCCGCAUCCCCAAGAAAUUCGUGGAGCGAGAGGGAGGAUCGACGGCCGCUCGAGGACCUCAGUAUGAGGACCUCGGGAUGAGGACCUCGCCCGGCGUGGAGGUGGCGGAGGGAGCGAGGGACGCGAGGGCGUCCUGCGCCCUGGCCGUCUGCGCGCUCCUGCUCCUCGCGGGACUCGCGUCCUUCCCGCGCCGCGUCCCGCCCUCCGCCCCGCGACCGGUCCCGGGGCUCGUGCCCGAACGCUGCUGGACGGGGACGGUUCGAACGCUCUGUCGAGAUCCGGUAAGUCACGUCGGCGUGAACGAGCAGGAAGCGCGCUGCGCAAGAGAGCUGACCUCCAGUGCCCUGUCCCACCCGACCCGGACGCCCAACGCCCUUCCGCCCGAGGAUGCGACAGCCUUUCUCCGCUGCAUGGGGGACGGAGGCGAGGGGACGCGAGAAGCGAAUCCUGGACCGAAUCCGCGGCUGAGGAGGCGUGACCCGCUGUUUCGUCAUCGGAUGGGAGGCCAGCCGCUCGUCUUCGUCCAGAAUGGAUGGAGGGAAAGAGGGUCGAGGGCUCCCCCGUUCGCCGCACCGUUCGCAAUGGAGCUGGACAUCGUGAUCGGGAUCCAGCCGGACGUGGACGCGACGACGCCCACCCCCGCGCCGCGACCGGCGACGAGCACCGACGGGAGACGGGACCGGUCCGCCUUCCGCCGCCUCUUUUCCAUCGGGGGAAAGCGGGAACUCCACCGAAGGCAGAGGCGGAGGCGGGACGUCUCUCGACUGCAUCCACCCUCGAUUAAAGAGGAGACUCUGAGCCUCCUGGACGCCAUGAUAAAGCGAUACGACCGAGAGCUGGAGAAAGCGGAGGCGAAGCGACUGCUUAGCGCCUUCCCCGACGCCACGCGCACGAGCCGAUCGGACCGCAGCGACACCGCCCGGACCUCCUCCUCUCCGAAGCAGAGCCCCAAGCGGAAGCAGACGGGCAGCGCCAUCCCUUUCGGCUCCCUUCAGUCCCGGUCCGCAAAGCGAACCCGGAGCACCGCCAUGCCCCUCGGGGUCCCGCGGGCCCGUCCCGCAAAGCGGACCCGGAGCAGCAUCAUCCCCCGCGGCGCUCCCCAAUCCCGACCUGCAAAGCGGAAGCCGGGUGGCGGUCUCAUCGUCCCCGAGGACCUGGCCGCCCUCGAGUCCGAGGGCGAGGCCAUCGAGGACUCCGGCCUCUACGCCGCCGCCAGGACCGCCUUCAAGGAGCAAGAAGUGCUUCGGAAGGCGCGACUGCGGGACCUGGGCCUCGACUCGGCCAUCCAGCCCAACGAGCAGGAUAUCGCCAUCGUCGCCAGAGUCGUCGAAAGGGGUGAGUCCACCGGGUCCAUUCGAUCCAGCGAGUCAUCCCAGACGGAUUUGAAACGGGGCGAGGAGGCGAAGAAGGAAGGGAGCAGCGGGUCCAUGAUCGCGGUCGCCGUCGCCCUCCUCCUCCUCCUCGCGCUCGUCGCGGGCCUCGUCGUCUAUCGGCGGAUGCUGCCGGGCAGGGCGAAGACGACCAAGAAGGACCGAGCGGCGGUGAAGUCGCCCCAAAAGGAGGCCUCGUCCAAGAUGGCAACCAAGAAGUCGAGAAAGCCCGAGACGAAAUCCAAGGGCUCCAAAUCCCAGAGCAAGAAGAAGAAAAGCAAGGACAGCAAGAGCAAGAGCAAAAAGAAGAGCAGGAAGAGUAGGAAGAACGGGAAGAGCAGAAAGAGCGGGAAAAGCGCGAAGAGCGGGAAAAGCAGAAAGAGCGGGAAAAGCGCGAAGAGCGGGAAGAGCGGAAAGAGCGCGAAAAGUAAGAAGAGCGGGAAGAGCAGGGGGGGGAAGAGCAAGAAGCGAAGCAAAAAGAGCAAGAGCAAGGCAGAUAGGAGUGGAAAGAGCGAAAGGAGCCGAAGCAAGAGCAAGAAAAAGCCGAGACAAAGCGGAGGACAAGCGAUCUUCUACUCCUCCUCCUCCUCCUCCGUGCCCGUGGACAGCACGUACUCCGACGGAUAUUCCCGGUCCGACCCUCCCUCCGAGAGCGACGGUAAGCGUUUCCGUGCCGACGUCGAGCGUUUCCUUCGCACUCCCCGAACGACGAGGAUUCCGUGUCAGGGUCGAGAUACGCGGGGCGCUGAGGCGACCCGAGUCCGAGAGGGAUGA